AAAAAUUUAUUCUUCGCCAAUAACUAACUAGUAACAACAUAUAAUCAGUCACAAAAAAUGGCUGGAGAAGACAUUGUCACAGACGGCCAAGAUGGUCCAGCAUACAAGAGAGUUAAGUUGAUGCAUGCUGGCAAUGAUGGCGAAGUUCAAUCUCACAGCAACGGCGGCCUUGAAUCCAGUGCACCUGAUUCAGCGACUGCACCACCUCCACCUGACAGACGACGAGGCUUCGCUGCCAUCAAGCCCGAGUGAGAUCCUGCGCCAACUUCUAGCCUUUAGAAUAUUGUUGCUGAAAUUAUCUACAGGUAUCUUAUCGAAGUGUCUGGCGGCGUAAGGACUGAAGUGGAUGAUGAUGCUGCUGAAGCCGCACCAAUGACUACUGAGGGUGACGACCCUGAGACUGGAAAAUCAGACCCCCGUGGCAGGGAUGGUGAUCGUAAAGGCAAGGAUCGCAAGAAGCAAAAGGGCCAGAACAAGGCUCGCGAUUACGGUUACACCGCGGACACACUGAAGCUUUGCAAUAGCAGAGCCUUCAGCGACGAGUUUUCACCCAGGGAAUGCAAGUAUGCAGAGAGAUGUAACUUGUUGCAUGAUUUACGUAAGUACCUCAAAGAGGGCCGAAGAGAAGAUCUAGGUACCUUGGGCGGCAAGUGUCAUAUAUUCGAAUCGUACGGUCAAUGUCCGGCUGGUUGGAAGUGUCGAUUUGUCCAAAGCCACUCCAAAGAAAUCGAGCGUGAAGAUGGCCGCAAGGAGUUAGUCUUAGAGGGAGCGCCUGAUGCAUCGACAAGUAUGGGCGAGGACGCCGAUCAGAGACCCGGAAUUGUCAACGUGGCAACCAACGACCAGAAAUGGGGCCUGAAGAAGAAAAAGGUCGACCUUGGAAGAUCGGAAUCGUAUAUCGGUUGGCUCAACAAGGACAUUGACCGCACAAGAGACAUUUAUAGCGCCAAGAAGAAGACUGAGGAGGAUGACCGAGACAUUCGAGAAGAGCUGCGGGCUGGCUUUGUUGACCCGCCUUUCAAGGCUUCUGAAAAGCGGCGAAUAUACUUUGGAAGAGAAACGCCAGUUCUAGCCCCUUUGACAACUCAAGGUAAUCUGCCUUUCCGAAGACUGUGUGUCGAACUUGGUGCACAGGUCACCUACAGUGAGAUGGCGCUCGCAAUGCCUAUGGUCCAAGGAAACAACAGUGACUGGGCUUUGAUGAAAGCCCAUGAAUCUGAGGUAGCACCACCUAAAUUCACACCGACAGAAACCAUAGUCAAAGACUAUGAUAACUCGAAGGACUUGAAAUUCGGUGCUCAGAUCGCAGGCAACCAGCCAUGGGUUGUCAUCAAGGCAACAGAAGCUCUUACGAGAUUUUUGCCGCAUCUACGCGUAGUUGACAUCAACUGCGGCUGUCCCGUUGACCUAGUCUACCAUUCAGGUGCUGGAAGCGCUCUGCUCGACUCGCCCAAUAAAUUGGAGCGCAUGAUCAGAGGCAUGAACGUUGUUUCUGGUGAAGUGCCUAUCACUGCCAAGAUUCGAAUGGGCGUUCGGGACAACAAGCCGACUGCACUGAAACUGGUUGAGCGACUCGCUCUUGGCGAUGAGGAGCUGCGAGACAGACUAGGAGCUCCCGGAUGUGCGGCCAUUACUUUACACGGUAGAAGUCGACAGCAACGUUAUACCAAGAGCGCGAACUGGUCAUAUGUUGCCGAAUGCGCCGCACUGAUCAAAUCUUACAACGAGAAGAAGGAUGACACCACAGACACAGCCAUGGAACCGGAUGCGAACACACAGGCGAACGGUGGCAAGAUGUACUUUGUUGGCAAUGGCGAUUGCUACUCGCACAUCGAUUACUUUGAUCAUGUUGACAAUGGCAAAGUUGAUUCGGUCAUGAUUGCACGUGGUGCUCUGAUCAAACCUUGGGUCUUUGAAGAGAUCGAGAAGGGACAGUAUUUGGACAAGUCUGCAUCGGAACGACUCGGUUACGUUGAGAAGUUUUGUCGAUACGGAUUGGAGAACUGGGGCUCGGAUGAGAUGGGAAUCGGCUUCACGCGGCGAUUCUUGUUGGAGUGGCUCAGUUUCACGCAUCGCUAUGUGCCAAUUGGACUUCUCGAGCAUUUACCACCCAGCCUUCAGGACAGGCCGCCAGCUUAUCGUGGUCGUAGUGAUCUUGAGACUCUCCUUGCUAGUGCCAACUACAAGGACUGGAUCAAGAUUAGCGAGAUGUUCUUGGGACCAGCGCAUCCUGGCUUCAAGUUCCAGCCUAAGCACAAGUCGAACAGUUAUGAGAUAGAAGCAGAAGGGUAGAUCUAACAUCGGUUAUUAGCAUUUAUCAAGUAUAUCGCGACAGCGCACAAACUGAUUGAAACUAGUCUAGUGCGGGUCGUCUUACGGGCUGCAUAUCAGUUGCAUAUAUAUGGUCAUUGGGCCAAUCAGAUAUACAGUCUCGUAUGCAAGCCAUGC